AUGUCCGAAUCUAAAAAGAGAUGUAGACAGUACAGUGUGGAUUAUUUGAAAUUUGGCUUCAUUCCAUCAUUGCCGGACAAACAAUCGCCUAUGUGCCUUUUAUGCAACAAAGUUUUGGGCAAUGACGCUAUGAAACCAUCUAAACUGCAAGAUCAUCUGAGGAGAUGCCACCCUGAUAAAACAGAGAAAGAUUUGAAAUACUUUCAAACACUCAAAGAUAAAUUUCAGAAGAGACCUACACUGGACAGAAUGUUCGCUUCGACGUCACAAAGAAGUGAUGAUGGUUUGCGGGCGUCUUAG